AGCACCCAUCAAACCAACAACGAUAUAGUAGCGUAAGUAAGCAAUACCGCCACAUUUGACAUCUCCCCAUCCGCGCAUCACUGCCUUCUGUCCCAGCUACAGUAGUAUGCAUGCAUGCAUCACUGAGACGACACACUUGAACGAUAAGCGUGGGGACUACCUAUGCGAGUGUGUUCGAUUUGCUUUAGUAGUUAGUAGCGGCGGUGGAUGUGGUAUGGUGUAUAUCCCUCCGCUCCCAGCUCCAGCUCUUCUGCUCUUUUCUUGUAACUCCACCUCAUCAUCAUCCACUCCACACCCAUCCAUCAUAGAGUAAAAACAUAGAACGCGCCAGAGUUGAAGCGGCUGUGUGGCCUACCCGUCCGUCUAUUAACGUAUGUACGUACGUAUGCGGUACACGGCG